GAAGAGAGAGAACAGUUCCUUUAGCCUACUUUGUGUCUGCUAACUUACAUAUAUGCUGCACCGUUUCAAUAUUAAAAAGCCAUCAUUUACUUCGGAUAUGGUGGACACGCAGACGUUUGCCUGGCCCGUGGGAUUCGGCCUGAGCGCUCUGGACCUGGACGAACUGGACGACAGCUCGCACUCGAUGGACAUGAAGCCCUUCUCCACGCUGGACUACAGCACCAUCUCCGGCAUCGAGUACGAGCCGAGUCCGGCGCAGAGCGAGGCGCCGGACAUGAUGGAUCUGACGCACAUGUACAGCUACAGAGCGCAGGAGAACUACAGCAGCUACAGAGCACAGCAAGCACAGAAUUCGAUCAAACUUGAGCCCGAGUCUCCUCCGCAGUUUGUGGAGAACAGCCUGUUGUUUUCCAAGCCUCCUGAAGAUCCGUCCAGCUCAGUGUUGAACAUCGAGUGUCGUGUGUGUGGAGACAAGGCCUCGGGCUUCCAUUACGGCGUUCACGCCUGCGAGGGCUGCAAGGGAUUCUUCCGCAGAACCAUUCGCCUGAAGCUGGUCUACGACCACUGCGACCUGCACUGCCGCAUCCACAAGAAGAGUCGCAACAAGUGCCAGUACUGCCGCUUUCAGAAGUGCCUGAUGGUGGGCAUGUCACACAACGCCAUUCGUUUUGGUCGAAUGCCCCAAGCUGAGAAGGAGAAGCUCUUGGCGGAGUUCUCCAGUGACGUGGACCACAUUCAUCCCGAAUCUGCGGACCUCAGAGCGCUGGCCAGACAUCUCUACGAGUCCUAUCUGAAGUACUUCCCCCUGACCAAAGCCAAGGCCAGGGCCAUACUGUCAGGAAAGACCAGCGACAGCGCCCCGUUCGUUAUUCACGACAUGAAGUCUCUGCUGGAAGGCGAGCAGAUGAUCAACAGCAGGCAGAUGCCGGCGCAGGAGCUCCGCAGGGCCGAGAUGAGCGUCAUGCACGAGGUGGAGCUCCGCUUCUUCCACAGCUGCCAGUCGCGCUCGGCCGAAGCCGUCAGCGAGGUCACCGAGUUCGCCAAGAGCAUCCCAGGCUUCGUCAGCCUGGACCUCAAUGACCAGGUGACGCUGCUGAAGUAUGGCGUCAUCGAAGUCCUCAUCAUCAUGAUAGCGCCGCUCAUGAACAAAGACGGCACGCUCAUCUCCUACGGCCAGAUCUUCAUGACCCGCGAGUUCCUCAAGAGCCUGCGCAAGCCCUUCUGCGAGAUGAUGGAGCCCAAGUUUGAGUUCUCCGUCAGGUUCAACGCGCUGGAGCUGGACGACAGCGACAUGGCUCUGUUCCUGGCCGUCAUCAUCUUGAGCGGAGAUCGACCGGGUCUGCUGAACGUCAAGCCCAUCGAGGACCUGCAGGAGACGGUUCUUCAUGCUCUGGAGCUGCAGCUGAAGACGAGCCAUCCCGACUCCCUGCAGCUGUUCGCCAAAGUGCUGCAGAAGAUGACGGACCUGCGGCAGCUGGUGACCGAUCACGUGCAGCUGAUCCAGCUGCUGAAGGAGACCGAGGUGGACUGGUGCUUGCACCCGCUGCUGCAGGAGAUCAUGAGGGACUUGUACUAGUCUGUGUCUGACAGAUUCUGAGCUCGCUGUACUGCUCUGAUCUAGUCCUGGUGUGUUUGCACUGAAAAACCUUCGUCAGCAGAGAAACUAUCAGAUUCCUCUCUGGCUGUCUGGUUAAAGAGGGCAGUACCACUGUGAAAACAUUUCACCAGCUGAUUUCAAACCGCACUUGUGUUUGUGCAUUCAUAGGCCUUACAGAUAAAGCCAUGGACAUAAACGUGACACUCCUUAUUUCAUCUUUAAAAAUGACAUAAAAACAGAGGUGUGCAGAAGCCUGAGACCACACUGCAAGUUAGGG